GCCGGGCCGUCCCCUCCCCGCCCGUGGGCGGGCGGAGCCGGCGGCGCCGCGGGGCACCCAUGGCGGCGGCAGCGGAGCGCACGGACGAGCUGGUGCGGGAGUACCUGCUCUUCCGCGGCUUCACCGCCGCCCUGAAGCAGCUGGACGCCGAAAUCAAGGCGGACCGGGAGAAGGGUUUCCGGGUGGAUAAGAUAGUGGACCAGCUGCAGCAGUUUGUUCAGAGCUACGAUCUGGCUGCCCUGCGGGAUUACUGGAGUUAUCUGGACCGACGCCUUUUCAGCCGUUUGGAAGACGUGUAUCGGCCAACAGUGAACAAGCUCAAAACCAGCUUAUUCCGCUACUACCUUGUCCAUGCUAUUCAGAAUGGCCGCAAUGACAAGGCGCAAGAGUUUUUCCUCAAGCAGGCCUCCGAGCUCCAGAACCAGGCAGAGUGGAAGGAUUGGUUUGUCCUGCCCUUCCUCCCUGCUCCAGACUCCAACCCCACCUUUGCUACCUAUUUCUCACGCCAGUGGGCAGAUACAUUCAUUGUGUCUCUGCACAACUUCCUGAGCGUCUUAUUUCAGUGCAUGCCAGUUCCAGUCAUACUGAACUUUGAAGCUGAAUGUCUCAGGAGCAGUCUCAUACAAGAGGAAAAUGAAUCGUUGCGGCAUAAGCUGUUUGCUCUGCAGGCUGAGUCCUCCCGCGUGAAGAAAGAGGAACUGGAGGUGGAACAAACAGUUAUGCAUCACAAGUUGCCUGCAUAUGUGGCCAACAUGGAUCGACUAGGGGACUCUGAACUUGAUAUGACCUGCAAUCAGAGGAGUACAGCACAUUCUCUUCAGUCCCGGGGAGGCUUUCUGUCCUCUUUUCUCUCCCAAAGUAAAAAGGGCCCUUCCAGACCAACCCAUUCAAGUGGGGCUUCUUCAGUGCAGACUGGCAGUAUGCUGCUAGGGAAGAAAGAGCCCACAAAUCACCAGAGUGCCAAAGGAAAAGAAGGAACAGUGAGCUGUAAGGACGGGAAGAGCCACUUCAGUGGUUUGGGGGCGGGCGAGUCCAGUUCCCUGCAGCAGCGGCAGAAGCGCUUGCAAGAGCAUGGGAAAGAAAGGAAGGAACUGUUGUCAAAAGGGACCUUCCAGGGCCAAAGUGCUGAGAAGAAAACAGAUACUAACAUAGCUGAGGCAGAACCAUGCUCAGAGCUGCAUGCUGAGCAAACAGAGACUUCAACCAAAAUGCCUGGCAGCAGUGCAGAGGCUGUGGGGGUUCGGCAGGAGCAGCCUUUCAUCGUCCUGAGCCAGGAGGAGUAUGGGGAGCACCAUUCAUCCAUCAUGUACUGCAGGGUUGAUUGUUCUGGACGGAGGGUGGCCAGCUUGGAUGUGGAUGGGGUCAUCAAAGUCUGGUCUUUUAACCCCAUAAUGCAAACAAAAGCUUCAUCCAUUUCCAAAUCUCCAUUGCUGUCCCUGGAAUGGGCCACCAAGCGCGAUCGGCUGCUAUUGCUUGGCAGUGGGGUUGGGACGGUUCGUCUUUAUGACACAGAAGCAAAGAAGAAUCUCUGCGAAAUCAGCAUUGAUGAAGACAUGCCCAGGAUCCUCUCGCUUGCCUGCAGCCCAAGUGGCGCCUCCUUUGUCUGCUCUGCAGCAGCCCAGAGCCUCGUCUCCCACAUUGACUUCUCAGCAAUCAACUCUGGGGGCAAAAGCAUGAACCAAGUUCCUGGGAAGCUGCUACUGUGGGACACUAAGACAAUGAAGCAGCAGCUGCAGUUCUCCCUGGAGCCUGAGCCCAUUGCUAUUAACUGCACAGCCUUCAAUCACAAUGGCAACCUUCUGGUCACUGGGGCUGCAGAUGGGAUUGUUCGUCUCUUUGAUAUGCAGCAGCAUGAGUGCGCCAUGAGCUGGAAGGCACAUGAUGGGGAAGUCUACUCCGUCGAGUUCAGCUAUGAUGAGAACACAGUCUACAGCAUAGGCGAGGAUGGCAAGUUUAUUCAGUGGAAUAUCCAUAAAAGCGGAUUGAAGGUGUCUGAGUAUGACCUUCCCAGGGAAGCUACAGGUCCUUUUAUUCUGUCUGGGUACAGUGGCUACAAGCAAGUCCAGUUCCCACGAGGACGGCUUUUUGCUUUUGACUCUGAGGGCAAUUACAUGUUGACGUGUUCUUCUACUGGGGGAGUAAUUUUUAAGUUAAAUGGUGAGGAAAAGGUUCUGGAGAGCUGCCUUUCCCUGGGAGGACACCGAGCUCCUGUUGUCACAGUGGAUUGGAGCACUGCCAUGGACUGCGGGACCUGCCUCACUGCUUCUAUGGAUGGGAAAAUUAAAUUAACAACCUUACUGGCUCAAAAGUCUUAACCUGGACACUACUGAAGGGGGAAAGCGCAAUAGACUUGACAAAACCAGUGUUAACUCACAGGAACAAACUGCAUGGGAGAGAAGGCAAAGCAAAGUCCCUCUUCUCAUUGUAGCUUUUGCCUCUUGAUAAAUAUGUUUGCCAAACCACUGUGCAACAGAAUGCCAGUAUGGAACUGGAUCAGUGGCAGCACUGAAAAAUAAGUCUCCACUAAUCCAUUGUGGCAGCUGGACUUCCCUCUGUUAGGGAGUCUUGAGUAGCACGUGGCUAAAAGGCUGUGGUCACGUCACGGUUCUGCAGAAGAAGGUGAGGCUGGAGGAAGCAAGCAUGAGGCAGCACAGUGCAUGAUGAUGACUCAAACUGGAAAGGCUGAUAAGAAACCAGAGUGCUCUUUGGGUAUAACAUUUGUUGUUAUGAUUUUGUUAGUUUGUUUUUAUUUGUUUUUUCCAUAAAAAGAAAAUAUUCCCUUGCAUUUGAACUCUAUGCUUUGUUAAGCAGUUGCUGCAAAACAUGGACGGUGGUGAGUGCAGUGAUAUGCCAAAUCUCCUGCAUGCAAAAAAGCCCUUAUGUUUUCACCAGGUGCUUCCAGCACUAGACAUACACACCAGGGUGAACCAGACAUCCAGGAACAAAAACAACUGCAUUUACUUUGAUGUAUUGUGUUACCUUGCCAUAGGUAUCUGCUAGCAGCCAGAGCAGAAAUCCUGAAUCAGUCUUUGAAAUACUUGUGCUGGAGUUCAGAAGCUACAUAACGUCUAGCAGCUACCUGAUGGUGGAUAGGGGGAGGGAGGCCAAGACCAGUCUGGCCCUGUCUAGGGCUCUCUUGUCACUGGAGCUGUUUCUCCCCCUAAGGCCCCAAUCACCAGGGCAAGUGCUGUGCUCAGGUAUUGCAUAAUCUUUGAAUGGACUCAGCAGAUACAUUUCAUCUGCUUAUACAUUGCCAUGGAGCUUUCUGCUGCUUAUGUCCUUGGCCUGUUUUGGGAGCUUAUGGUACUGUUGUUCCUUGGCAGAGCACACACUGCUGGAAAAUGAACAGCCAUUCAUGAGCCAUAUGGAUAGCCAUCCUCAUGGACAGCUGUUCAAGGGCAACACUGCUGGAUGCUGAAAUCCUCACUACAGGCUUAUUCAUGCUACAGGUAUCUGUUGUCCAUGGAGCAACUUGCUCCUGCUGACUACACUCACGUAACC